AUGGCCUCGUCCGCGCCGUCGCAGUUCGCGAAGAUACUCAAAUCGUCAAAGUUCGCGUCUUUUGACCCUGCGCUCGGACAGGUCUACACCGCACCCCCCGCACACGCCGCGCGCGGGAACUAUGGCCUAAAGCGGGCGCUGCACCCGCGCAGGCACGGUAUCCCGCUCACCGUCCAGGCCGUGGACUCCAUCGACCAACAAACCGAAUGGGAGCCGGCCGCAACCGAAGCGCGCUACAUUGAGCGCUGGGAGACGCAGCCCGCACCCGCCCCGCGCUCGCACUGGCUCGGCCAAGUCAACGCCGGGCCCGCACGCUCUGAAUGGCGCAUCGACUCGGAGUUCUCGCCUGCGAAACCACCGCCACGUGUGCAGCUGAAGGGAACGGCGAAGCACGGUAGCCCCAGCACGCUGACUGUCGAGGAGGCGCUCGCGGCCGCAGAGGCGAAACACGGGCCGGGUCCCGACGCCGAGCAGGCCGCAUUCCAGGCGCUCGUCGCAGAGCGGCGCGAACUCAACUCUAUCUCCAAGAGUCUACCCGACAUCAACCCCGACGCACUCUCGCCCGAACGCUUCGCGCGCUACUUACACGACGUCCGCGCCCUCCGCCCGCGCUUCAAGCGCUUCGUCGCGGAGCGCGCAAAGGCGGACGCGUUCAUCGCGCGCGUGGAGGCGGCCAAUGGGAUCGUGCACAAGGACCCGCCGCGGCACACGCCGGCCGAUAUGAUCGCGCUCGCUGUGGGAGAGGACGGCGGGAAGACGCGGAGGAUGUUUAUGGCGGCCGUCGCGCGCGAGCGGUACAGCGGCGCACACGGCGGCGUGGCCAUCGCAGCGCAGCCCCACCGCGCUGCGGGUCUCACAUACGCCCCGCCUGUCCCGCUCAGCCAUUUCUUCCUCAGCAAACCCGAGCCGGCGCGCUAUAUCGACAUUGAUGGGGCCGCGAACCAGAACCAGGUCGUGUUCGGUGGUGUCAAGGCUCAACUCGAGCUCGGCAAGCGCAGGACGGACGGCGCGCCGAAUGUGAGGGUCGUCGCGCAUAGCCUCAAUCGCGCGCCUACGCUCGGGCGGGGUAUCAAGGACGUCGACACAGAGGUGCGCGUCGCGGACGUUGGCGGGACGUUGGUGCAUCGUGCUGCGCAGGCCAGGCCAGGUAGCAGGGCGUGGGCCGCAGGCCGCGAGCCAAAGAAGGCGCCGAUGGAGAUGUUGCCCCUCACGAGUACCUCGAGGGCGUUCAACGAGGUUGCGGGCAACGCGUUCGGGCAGGCCAGCAAGGAUAGCCAGGCGGUGCUGCAGAUGCUCGAGACGCUCAUCGGCGACGUGCCGAAGUAG